AUGGCCUGUUCAAGGACCUUCACCCUCCUCUGUGGUUUGCUGGCAACCACCUUGGUUGGAGCCUUCCUCAGUCCUCCUGUAGCUCUGAUCCUCGGCCCAGAAAUCACCAGAGAAAGGCUGGCACAGGAGCUGAAGGACCAUAAUGCUAUCAGCGUCCUCCAGGAGCUGCCUCUGCUCAGCGCCAUAGGGGAGGAGCCGGCUGGGGGCAUCCCCAUACUAGGCAGCCUGGUGAACUCUGUCCUGAACCGCAUUAUAUGGCUGAAAGUCACCUCAGCCAACAUCCUGCAGCUGCAGGUGGAACCCUCUACUAAAGACCAGGAGCUGAUGGUCAAGAUCCCACUGGACAUGGUGGCUGGAUUCAACACGCCCCUAUACAAGAGCAUUGUGGAGAUGCACAUGGAAGCAGAGGUCGAAGCCACCAUCGAAGUGGAGACCAGCAAGGGAGGCAACUCCCAACUCGCCCUCAGCAGUUGCUCCACCAGCCAGAAGGGCCUGCGCAUCAGCCUGCUGAAAAAACUCUCCUUCAUGGUCAACCCCUUGGCCAACAAUGUCAUGAAACUCCUGGUGCCAGCCCUGCCCAAACUGGUGAAAAAACAGCUGUGUCCCGUGAUCGAAGAGGCCUUUGAAGACAUGUACAAGGACCUCCUGCACCUGGCGAAGAUGCCUGUUUCCAUCGGUGAUGACCACCUGGAGUUUGACCUUCAGUCUUCUGCCAUCAAGGGCGAUGCCAUCCAGCUCAACCUGGGGGCCAAGUUGUUGGACUCACAGGGAAAUGUGACCAAGAAGUUCAGUGAGUCUGUGCCUUCCCUGACAGUUCCUGACCUGGACGGUGCCCCUUUCAGCCUCACUGUGAGGCAGGAUGUGCUGAAUGCUGCAAUAGUUGCCUUGCUCCCUCCAGAAGAAUUCAUGGUCAUGUUGGACUAUGUGCUCCCUGAGCUGGCCCGCCGGCUGAAGUCUAAAGUCAAGGUGAUCAGUGAAAAGGCUGCGGAAGCGCUGGGGCGCACACAGAUUGUGAAGAUCCUAACCCAGGAGGCCCCAAAGCUCGUUUUGAACAGCGGCGCUGCCCAGGUGGCCCAAAUGAUCGUGCUGGAAGUAUUCUCCAACAAUAAAGUCCUCCGCCCCCUCUUCACCCUGGGCAUUGAAGCCAGCUCAGAAGCUCAGUUUGAUCCUAAAGGUGACCAACUUAAGCUCCACUUAAAUACAAUCAGCGCUGAUCGGGUCCACAUGAUGAACGCAGACAUUGCCCUGUUCGACCCAGAAAUUCUGAAAGACCUCGUCGCCGACAUCCUGGCAACCCUCCUGCUGCCAAAUGAGAAUGGCAAAUUAAGACAUGGGAUCUUACUGCCGAUUAUAGAUGCCUUGGGAAUCAGGGAGUCUUCAAUAUUUAUGACCAAGGUGAGUGGUUAAACAUCCUGCCCCAGGGAGGGCACAGUCACUGGGGAGCCCUGGGCUGGGAGGUAUGGGGUGUGCUCCAAUUCUGGC